AAAAAAAAUUUUUCAAAUCAAGCUCAAAAAAUGAUAAACAAAACAGAAACGCUCCAUGCGCAAUACGGUUGCUAGGGGCAACGAAGGAUCAACAAAUCGAAACCAAAACAAAACAUUUUCCCUACAGUUCCGAUUGACCGCUGGUAUUGCAAGUUUUGGUAACCACCGACGAGAGUUCUCAAAUUAUUCUUGAUAUAAAAAAAAACCCGCACAUAUUACACUGUUUUGUGCUGCAAACGAAGAUGACCGAACGGUACGUAUACUGCAAUGGACGAGCGAACGAAGCAGCUUCGUCGUUAGGAACCAACAAACAACCAACUGCCGAGAACACGAUGAAGCCCCAAAGUGUAACCAAUCGGCACAUGAACUGGCUGAUACACGGUUUGUAUACGAGGAAGCACUUUGAGCAGUGCAAAAAGUUGAUUGACCGUCAGCUGGCCAUCUGCUACGACAAGCAGUACCUGCACUACAUGAAGGGUCUUAUUUUGCGCGAGGAAAACAACCCAACCGAAGCCGUACACUGCUUUCAGCAGGCGAUCGCACUGAACAAGAACGAGCCGGAAAACUACAAGGAACUUGCCAAAACGCUCUAUUCGAUGGGAAAGUAUCGGAAUGCAUUGGAAGUGUUUCUGAAGGCGGAAACACUCCUCGAACGACCCGAUCACGAGAUAUAUCAUCACAUCGGUGAGCUGUAUUACAAAAAUUUCGGCCACCCAAAGGCCGGUAUCGGUGAGGCCAAGGAGUACCUUAAGCAAGCCAUCACAUGCGGUAAGCAUGUAGAGAGUUACAAGAUUUUGGCCGAAAUUUACAUCGAGGAAGGAGACAGCAUCAAAGCGAUCGAAAUGAUUGAGAACUGUCUGCAAAUCACACAGGAUGAUGUAACGCUAAUGACGCAGAUUGGCAUACUCUAUUUGAAAAUUAACGAGUACCAGCGGGCGUUCGAAAAAUUGCUCGAUGCAACGGCUACGGACUCGAAGCACACAAAUGCUCUGCUGGCGCUAGGAUCUAUACUGCAAUCUAAAAACGAUAUUGACGGUGCGCUUAACAAAUACAAACGUAUACCGACCUUAUCAGACGAAACCUCAGAAGUGUGGAGCAACAUUGGGUUGUGCUUUUUUAAGAAGCAAAAGUUCAUUGCGGCCAUUUCAUGUCUGAAGAAAGCGGUAUGGGUAUCGCCAUUGAAUUUUAACGCACUGUACAAUCUUGGCCUGGUGUUCGUAACGGCUCAACAGUACGUGAGCGCCUUUCAAACGCUAGCCGCCGCCAUUAGUCUACGGCCCGAACAUGCCGAAUGUUAUAUGCUGCUAGGAACUUGUCUGCGCCAUUUAAAUGAUCCCGGAAACGCUUACCUUUCGCUGGAGAAGUCAACCAUGCUUCCGGACGCUGUCAAGAAUCCACUAAUCUAUCUUAACUUUGCGCUGUACUGUUACGAGAUAGGGAAAUCGGACCAAUCCGUCCUGUAUUUGGCUAACUUUCUCGAGAUGACUCAACACGUUACCGUCCAUCGUGAGUACCUAAAAAUGGCCGAUCGGCUCAAUGGAGCGUUGGCAGUAGCUGCGAGUGGGCAGAUCUAUGCUCCUGCCGGAGAACCGGAAACGGGACACACCGGGGGUCUUGACCGUACCGAGAAGGAUAGCCGGAUGCAUGAUGCGACUGUCGUCAACGUGGCGGACGAUGAACCGGUAGCCGGGCAGGGUGAGGAGAACAGCGCUAAAGAUGACGGCUCUGACGGUGAUAUGCCCUGAUGUUUGCAGACACCGACAUCGCGGAAAAAGAUCAGCAGACGGUUAGAAAGGAUUAAAAAAAAAACCCAUCACACUACCGCCGUUGGCUGGUUCUUCAUUUGUUAUUUUUCACCCCCAACUCGGUUAAUGUUUUUUAUGCUGUUCUAUGCGGGGCAAAAGUUAACCCGACACCGAUUCCUGGUAAACCAUAAAAAGCAAUGUCCGAACAUUGUGGCGGUGCAUAAUUUUAGCGCUAAACAUAAAACAUUGUGCCGUGACUAGGAUGCUUUGCUGUAUGCUAUCUUUCCUCAUUGUGUUGUACCCUUUUUUUGGUUGAUCUCUUUUAGCCCCUACCCGGCUGCGAGGUCAAUGUUGCAGUCGGAGUUAAUAAAGACAAGAUGACAUUAGAUAUGAACAAAACGAAGAAAUGGAUGAAAAAUGCAACCACGCGUUGGGUAAAUAAAUGAUAUCACACUAAAUAAGUGAGGAUGAUCUGGUGAGAUGGUGCCGACGAUAGUUGGGCAGCCGUUGGUUUGUUUCGCGGUGACUUUUCGUUGUGGGUAUUAUAAUUUUCAAGCUUAUAAAAAUUUUGUAUUAUCUUUGAGAUU